AUUAACAAUCAGUCGUUACAGUAAUAUAUAGUUAUUUCAUUAAACUUUAUAUCAUUGAAUGAAAAAGAUGCCACGCUUUGUUAUUUACAUUGUAGUCGUGUCAACGUUGACGCGUGUUACGCAUGUGCAACAAGUUUUGUCGGACAUAGUGAAUAAUCCGCCAAUCAGCGAAAAACGGCAGAACGGUAACCCAUCUGAAAUUAAAAUCUACGAAGAACUAUUCAGGAAAUCAUUCGUACAUCAACGUAAAGAGCACACAGAAGCUAUAAAACGUCUUCGAAAUAUAGACAGCUACGAACGUUUAUACAAAAUGAUAACGAUUCUUGGUACAAAAAUGAUCGAUAUCAUUGAGGCAAGUAAACAAUUAAUUGAAAGUACAGAUUUUAAUCCAGACGAUAGAUCUCUACCAAAAAAUGUUACUAUACAAAGCGCAAUAUCUACUACGUUAGAGAAUACUGCGCUAUUCGCGGACAUUUUGCUACAUUUUCCUCACAUGACACAUCGCAUAUUAAAAACACAAAAAGAAUGGAAUCCAGUUAUAAAUUGGUCCUUACAUUUCACAAAUCGAACAAAACAUUUAUUAGAUACAGAAACUCUUACUGUAGUUCAUUUAGCAGCCCAAGAGUUGAAUAUUAUCGAACGUGAACCGGGAUACGUAAACCCCUAUCGGCAGUCUACCGGCUCGCAAGACGAAGAUGAAGAGAAAAAAAAGAAGAAGAAAUUGAAAAAGAAAGCACAGAGGGUACCUCGAAUAACUAAAACUGAUCUUUAAACAGAUAAUCACUAACAUUCUACAAUUUAAUAUAUGCAAUUGCAUAUUAUUGUCGUGAUAAUGAAUUGUAUAAGCUCUAUAUCAUAUGUUCAGGGCCGGUCCUGAGAUUUCGGGGGUCCGAGGCGAGCUCCAAAUAAAAUUGAUAAAAUUAACAUUAAAGCUUGUAUAACUAAUUUAGAUUUGCAUUUACAUCGAUUAAUAUUCAAGUAACCAUUACUAUUCUUGCAUUCUUAGUCACAAAAUGGGAGCCCUGCCCAAUGUUGAGUCGGUAAAGAUUUGGUU